UAUUUAAACAAACACAACACUUCCUCUAGCUGACACUUUUCACAAUGCAGACAUUCUUCGGACUUAUUGCAUUUAUCGCCCUGUGCCAGAAUGGCAUAGAGGCCAGGGGUGCAGUAUGUGAAGGCAGGACAGCACAUCUCCCCUGUGAAAGGGGCUUCAUCAAGUUGAUCUCAGCCAGCUAUGGACGGAGUGACAGAACCACCUGCAGCAGCGGACGCCCAUCAAAUCAGCUUUCAAACACCCAAUGCCACCAGUACCGGUCUCGACGCAUCAUGUCUGACAGGUGCGAUGGAAUGUCUAGUUGUACUGUACCCGUUACAAACUCUGUGUUCUCUGAUCCUUGUCGUGGGACUUAUAAAUACUUGGAUGUAUCUUUCACAUGCCUCCCAGCCAGCAGAAGUGUAACUUGUGAAAACUCCCGGAAUGUUAUCAGCUGCGCCAGGGGAAGCCUGUCUAUUCAUCACGCCAAUUAUGGAAGGAGGGAUCGCCUGACCUGCCCCCAUAGACUAGCAACAACCUCCCACUGUUACCACUCUCAAACAAGCAACCUACGCUCCAGAUGCAAUGGGAGGAAUUCCUGUCAGUUACAUGCUUCAAACGCCAUCUUCUCUGAUCCCUGUCGUGGUGUCUACAAGUACUUGGAAGUGACAUAUAGUUGUAACAACCAUAUCACCUCUUCUGGAGAAAUCACAGCUGCAGAACAGGACACAUAAUGAGAGCUAUUGUAGUGAGCUUCACAAUCACACACAGCAGUGUAAAUAUUAAAGUAGAAUGUAUGUAUAUUGCAAAAUGUGCAAAAUAUGCAUAAUUACUGCUGAACCAGCAUUUUUUUUACCAAGUUAGAAAUGACACGUAUGGCAUACAAGACCAUUUAAUUUUUUUGUUGUUUGUAUAUAUUAAAACAUAAUUAAUUCACCUUUACAGUAAUGCCUUAAAGAGGAAUUCAUGUUUUGAACAUUGAUCAAUAGUAUGUAUGACAACAAACAGCACUGAAUCUUAAAUAUUUCUAAAUAGAAUAAAUGCAGUUUAGAGUGAUAAUGACUUCAGUGUAUCCUUCAGUAGGGUCUUGAACGAAUGGAAAUGAAUGAAUCUGAAACAGAAAUCUUGUGUAAACUAUAUUACUAUUUAUCUUAAGGGAUGGCAAGGACAAAUUAUUAUGUGCAUUAUAUGGAAAUGUGGUUUAUGUUCAAAUUAAAGAAACAUUUUACAAACAUUA